AUGGUAGUCAAAGAGGAGUUCUUUGAUCAAGCGAAGGAUUUAUUUGAGGAAACUGGCGUCAAGAUUACCACUGAUGGUCAUAAAAUACUUGGUGCUGCCUGCGGCAAACGUUCUUUUGUGGACGAAUAUGUAGCUGAUAAGAUAGACGAGUGGAAAGAUGAAAUUGAGAUGUUAUCUAAAAUAGCUGAAACGUAUCCACAUGCUGCAUAUACCGCAUUUACUCGUGCUAUUGUGUGUAAAUGGCAAUAUCUUAUGCGAACGAUUGAUGGUAUCGGUAGCAUGUUUCAACCGUUGGAGAACGCUAUCACGGCCAAACUCAUUCCGGCUUUGACGGGCAGAGGACCUUGUUCCAGCGUAGAAAGAACAAUACUCUCUUUGCCAACGCGUCAUGGUGGGCUCAACGUUGUUAAUCCUGUUGAAGUCGCGAAUAGUCAUUAUAACGCAUCAUUAAAGAUUAUUGAACCUCUGAAGAAAAUGAUCAUUAGCCAAACGACAACUUAUAAGAAAAUUUAUCUACACGACAUAAAAGAUCUGCGAAGGCAAAAGAACCAGUACCACCAGCAACUAGCCACGGAG